GAACAAAGACCCUUGUUUUUUUACUCUCGCGGGAAACGGGGCUCUCUUUCUCUUUCUUCAAUGCAGGUUCCAUCUAAGCCCAACGUCUGUGCGUUUUUUUAUCACGUUUUCACGAACGUCCCCAUGGCAAUCCUACACGCUACCAUGCUACAUGAUACAUACUAUUACAUUGGCCCUGGUUCGUCUCAUACAUACCAUCACAGUACAUCAUACGUCGCCUGUAAUGGGAUACGGGCGCUUAUGCUUCUUUUAGGUAUUCAAUAAGCUCCUCAGCUACCUAGCUACCUAGGUACUCUUCACCUAAACAAGUCCCCUCCGCCCCAAGUCGUCAUAGGCGUCGAGAGAGCUGAUCAGUGAACAAAGGUUUCCGGGUCUCCGGGAAUAGCGAUCUGGGGCCGAUGAACUGGCGGUCAGCCGACUAGUAUGCAUGAUAGACAUUAGACAUAUAUACAUAUUAAUAGGUACCUUACAUAGAUGGUUACUUCUAUGUAGGUAUAUUUACUAGGUAGUUACUAUGUAUAUAGGUAUAUUUACUAGGUAGUUACUAUGUAUAUA